AUGUCCGUUCCCCAAAGCUCCUUUACCCCGCCUCCUGGCACACCAAUCCAUCAGCUAGCCAUAAAGCCGAUUUUCGAUGCUCUUGAGCCGCGGGAGAAGUUCUAUGCUCACUAUUGUGCACGGGCAGCAUGGCAUGGGAGCAGAAUUAUCAUGCGGCAGGUAUCGCCAGAAAGCCCUGGCAUCUUCGACUUCAUCAUGGACCUCUAUCAUGCUUGCGAUGGAAAAUGGGACACCUUAGUCACCCAAAGCAAUAUCACAUCCGAAGAGCUCGAAAGAUUUCUGGAGUAUGCCGCAAUGUUUCUCUGCAACUUAGGAAACUACUAUGGCGAAGGAGACCAAAAGUUCGUCCCAAAUCUGACAGCCGAAGCACUGCAAAGGAUCGCAAGCAUCUCCCAAAAGACGAAGGAAGGUCUAGACAAAAUCAUCGGUCCGCUAUUGGCAGUCCCGCCAUUCAACCUUGGAUAUCCCAGCAAGAGCGCACAGUCAGGUUAUUACACUGGCACUGAACUCAUGUCACAGAAGGAGAUUGCUCGAGUGUCGGAGGCAAUGAUUGAACAUUCCAUUGGGCCAGAGAAUACCCGAGUUCGAAAGCUAAUUCAGGAUGGAAAACCUAUAUAUCAUUUGCUUCAAGCUUCCGCGGAGACUGGUGUUCCCGCCAAUGGUCUACACGAACUGGCAAAUGACAUAUUCAUCGUUAGAGGCGAUCACUCGGUGGAAAUGUCGAACAUCUGCUCGGAUCUGGCGAGAGCAAAAGAAUACGUCAGCAACAGCAGGCAAACCCGGUUCUUGGAGCUCUACAUCGAAUCCUUUAGUACUGGUAGCCUCGAAGCUUACCAGGAGUCACAAAAGGCGUGGGUAAUGGAUGUGUCUGCAAGAGUAGAGAAUAUGAUUGGUUUCAUCGAGAGUUAUCGUGAUCCGGCUGGGAUCAGGUCGGAGUGGGAAGCUAUGAUCGGAAUUUCCGAUCCGGGCGAAACAUUGAAAUUGAAACGCUUUGUUGAGAGUUCAACUUCUAUCAUUCGACAACUCCCAUGGGCAGUCGAUGGUGUCAACGAUGGGAAAGGCCCGUUUGAGAAGAGUCUGUUUGAAGCUCCUGACUUUACCAGCGUCCACGCGCUUGCUGUAUGCGGCAGUGUCGUCUUCGAAGCCGCCAAUCUUCCCAAUUACGAAUAUAUUCGAGAAAAUUAUGGUUUUAAGAAUAUUGUUCUCGCAAAUCGUCUCAGUGCUAACAAUAACCCCAAUCUACCAGUGCCUUGGGUCGAUCCAUCAGAGUUAGAGCACUUCCGCAAGAGCACACAUAUUGUCAGAUUUCUCACCACCGCUAUCCAUGAACUGGUGGGCCAUGGAACUGGUAUACUCCUCAGCGAAACCGCUCCGGGCAUCUACAACUUUGACCAGCAGAACCCGCCGAUCAGUCCACUGAACGGGAAAGCCGUGACUUCGCACUAUUUACCUGGCCAAACUUGGAAUAGCGUUUUUGAAAAUUUGGCAGGAACAGUGGAGGAAUGUCGUGCCAUUCUAGUCUCGGAAUAUCUCAUGGACAACAAGGAUUUGUUGUGUAUUUUCGGGUACACCAAUACCAGUGAAAUCACGGCUGACGACCUCCUUUAUACCACCUAUCUCAACAUUGGUGUCGAUGGGCUUCAGGCUCUCGAACAUUAUAACUUUGAAAAUCAGGCUUGGGGGCAAGUCCACCACCAGGCUCACUUCUCCAUCCUGAAACACCUUCUCCAAGAUGGCGGCGGCGUUAUCCAAAUCUCCCAUGACCCCAAUAACUCCACUCUCACCGUCCAUAUCGACCGGGACAAAAUCAUCUCUCACGGCAAACCCUCUUUAGGCCGCUACCUCUGUCGUCUACAUAUAUGGCGGUGUACUGCCGAUAUUUCCUCUUGUAAGGAAUUCUAUGAGCCCAUGUGUGCUGUUGAGGGGAUAUACGAACAGUGGCGACAGAUUGUGUGCUCGAAGCCAAGGCCAAGAUGGAAAUUCACUCAACCCAAUACGUUUGUUGAUGGAGAAACCGUGGAGGUUAAACUGUAUGAGGAGAAUAACAAGGGAAUCAUUCAAUCAUGGGCUGAGAGAGGGAUUUGA